AUGCGUACAGCCCAUCCUUUGCCUCAGCGUAAGGAACUUUUAUUUGUUCCGUUGAUGAACGAUACGUUCCUGCUUCGUUCGGCACCAAGUCAUUCAGGCACAAUUAGCCAGGGAAUAGAAAAGACGCCCGGACCCGACAACCUGCUGUUUUUGCGGCAGCCGACCCUAGGGGAGAUGACCCUGAAGGAUUUUCUUGUACGAGCUGGGGUGGUGAGAGAGGGGAUCGACCAUUCGGUUUCGAGUCCCGCUUUUAUUUGCGGAGAUUGUUGUCUUCUGGAAACAACAACAGCGGGUUCGCCUCCGGUUUUUCUCAGGCAGGAUGCAGUAAAUAAUGUCGAUCUCGGGAGUCUUCUAGGGAUUAGAGGCAAAGGACUCAUUGGAGGGGCCAACGUUGUCUCACUGGUAUUGCCGACGAGCCCGAUUCCUUCAGACGUCCUUGCAGAAGUGAACGGAGACCUUUCUUGUUUUCUCCCGUGCAAUGUCUUCAAUGGGGGUUCGAGGGGGAGGAAGUGCAGUGGAGCAGUAGGUCAGGUCGUGGAGCAGCAAAGGAGAACGAUAAAGAACAAUGAAUCAGCUGCAAGGUCUCGACUCUCGAACCAGGAAGCAGAUUCUGCAAGGGAUCUCAAUGACGUGGGCAGUUCGAAUAUUUGUUUCUUUACGCCUGUUUGAUAAGGAGCUUUGUCUUGAUGCGAUUAAGCUAAGAGCAUGGCGCGCAUGGAGCAAUAUAUGGUCGGAAUACUUGAGAGGGGAUUCGCCGAGCGUGAUGCCGACUUGAGGUGUGUGGCCCCUG